AUGUCAAGGAUAAUGGAAACCGAUACUGGUGUGAAUAGUCAAGGAAGAAGCACUUUGACAUGUGGGUAUUGUUUUAAAGUAAUUGCUGGUGGUGGCAUUCAUCGAAUGAAACAACAUUUGGCAGGAGAACAAGGCAGCAUUAUUCCAUGUUCAAAGGUUGACCCGGCAGUUAGACAUGCUAUUUUAGCAUCUAUGAAGGAGAAGGAGCAGAAAUCUAAAGAAAAAAAAGGUGAUUUUGGGGUGGAAAAUCCAUUCGGCCACACUACUCAUGCAUUUGAUGGCGAUGAAGUAUUGGAAAUUCCUUCUUCUUUAGCAAAUGAGAUGGGUUCAUCUAGUAAAGGAAAGAGAAAGGUCACUGCAUCAACAGGUAUACGUGCUCUUUUUAAAGGUGGAUGUGAUACUUCUCAACCAACCAUUAAAACUUGUUUGCAAAGUAAGGAAAAAUGGACAAAUACGGACGUAGCUAUUGCUUUUUGGUUUUAUGAUGCUUGCAUUCCUAUAAAUGCUGUUAAUUCUCCAUUUUUUCAAAAAGUUAUUGAUCAAAUAGCAUCAAUGGGUAAUGGUUACAAAUGUCCCUCCUAUUAUUCUUUGAGAGUUAACUUGUUGCGAAAUGCCAAGAGAGAUGUGAAAUUAGUUGUUGAUUCUUUUAGAAGUACUUGGGCAGAAACUGGUUGCACUAUAAUGGGUGAUGGAUGGAAAGACACUAGACAAAGACUAUUGAUUAAUUUUUUGAUUUAUUGUCCUAAGGGUAUUUCGUUGAUUAAAUCUGUGGAUGCAUCUGAUAUUGUAACAAGUGCAGAAAAUUUGUGCAAUUUAUUUGCUGAAAUUGUUGAGAUGGUUGGCUCAAAUAAUGUGGUGCACUUAGUUACUGAUAAUGCUAGCAAUUAUAAAGCUGCUGGGUCUUUGUUAAGUGAAAGAUAUCCGAACAUUUGUUGGUCACAGUGUGCUGCACACUGCAUCAAUUUGAUUUUGAAAGACAUUGGUGAAAUGAAUGAUGUAAAAGCUAUAGUGUCUCUUGCUUCAACGGAUAGUUUGCAAUCUUUGGUUACUUGUGGGGAUUACAAAAAAUUUCUGAGAAUAGAAAAAGAAAAAGAUGUGAAGCAAAUCGUUUUGGAUGAAAGGUUUUGGAAUAACUGUUUGAUCAUGAUGCGAAUAAUGGGCCCUAUCAUUCGUUUAUUGCGUAUUUGUGACACUGAUGAAAGGCCUUCAACGGGUUAUGUUUAUGAAGGCAUGUUUAGAGCAAUAAAUGGCAUCAAAAGGCUGUUUAGAAAUAAAGAGAGAUUGUACAAGUCUUAUAUUGACAUCAUCAAUGAUAGGUUUGAUCACCGAAAGAGAUCUUAUGAUCCCAUUGAUUAUGAAUCUAUUCAUAAAAUGGAAUUUUGGGUCAUAAAAGAAGAACAAGAUGGCGAGUUUAAUUGUGAUGAAUUGGAGGAAGAACUCAAAGAACUUCCUAAAGAUGAUUCUCAACUAGUUGAAGAUGAUGAAAGUGAAGUUGGGGAAGAUAAUGCUAUUGAUUUGGAAGCAUUUCAGCGUAGGCGCCUUUUGGAUGAUGAUGAAGAUAAUUAUUGA